UAGCUGAUAUGAAUGGAGAUGGCCGAAUGGAUAGAAAAGAGUUUUCUAUUGCAAUGUUCUUAAUUAGAAAGAAAUUAGAAGGUCGUCAGAUACCGACAACACUGCCAGCUCGUUUGAAAGCCGAUCCUAUGCCAGUUAUAGGUACAUUUGGUAACCAGCCUAUGGCACCCAUGGCACCAAUGGGGUCCAUGAUGCCAAUGGGUACGCCAUCCAUGCAGCCCACUCCUAUCAUGACACAAGGUGGCUUUGCAACACUACCGGUAUCAACAACACCUGUUUCUUCUACCAUGGCACCUUUAGGUGUUAACAGUCCAAUGACUAUUGGAUCAUCUUUUCCUGUGGAUAACAGAUUACAUCGAGCCGGAUCUGUAAGUUCAACAGGUUCCGCUUCACCACCAACUACAAGGGCAAGUGGAGAAUGGUCAGUGCCUCAGUCUUCUAAAUUAAAAUACAAUCAAUUAUUUAAUACGCAUGACCGGUUGAGAAGUGGUUAUUUAGCUGGCAUGCCAGCCAGGAGUAUACUAGUGCAAUCAGGUUUAUCACAGCCUAUACUGGCUCAGAUAUGGGGCUUAUCUGACAUCGACAAUGAUGGUAAAUUGACAAGAGAUGAGUUUGUACUUGCAAUGCACUUGGUGGACAUAGUAAAGGGUGGUCAGACAUUACCACAAGUACUGCCUCCUGAUUUAAUACCACCUUCAAUGAGGCGACAGCGUAGUGGGUCUUCUAUAAGUGUCCAGCCACCACAAGCUCCUGUUAGUGUUAGUAGUUCAUCAAGUCUGGGUCUGAUUGGAUUGAAUAUGCCUCCGUUGAUGCCAUCCAUGCCAGUAUUAACUAAACAAGGUAGUGUUGAUAGUGUGGAGUCUGCUGACAAAGAAGCUGAAAAAAUUAAACCAAUGACUCUUGAAGAAAAGAAAAAAGCCAAUUUUGAGAAAGGUCAGCAAGAACUAGAAAGGAGGAGACAGUUGUUACUUCAAGAACAGACAAGGGAAAGGGAACGAAGAGAAGCAGAAGAAAGGGCAGACUUUGAACGCAAAGAAAGAAUAAGGUUAGAGCAAGAGAGGAGAAAACAGAUGGAAAUGGAGAAAAUGUUAGCAAAGCAACGUGAGAUGCAAGCUGAACAGGAAGAACAAAGACGGAAAAUGCUGGAACAGAGAGAAGCAGCUAAGAGAGAACUUGAAAGACAAAAGCAACUUGAAUGGGAGAGGAAUAAGAGGCAAGAAUUAACAAAUUUGAGAAUUAAAGAACAGGAAGAAGUCUGUCAUCUAAAAGCUCGUAAUAAAACAUUAGCAUUUGAAAUUGAAGGUUUGGAUGAAAGGAAGGAACAGUUACAUACACAAUUAUAUGAAUCAAGCAAAAAAAUAACAGAUCUUAGAAAUAAUUUAACACUUAUGGCAAAAACAAGAGAUAUAAAAGUUACUGAACUGGAGAGAUUGCAGCAACAGCACUCACAGGGCCAAGAUGCAUACUUGGCCGAAGUCAAAGCAGAUUUACUAAAUCAACUAAAAAAGCUGAAUGUAGACAAUCCCACAGGUGACACUCUUCGAACUGUUAUGUUUAGUUUUAAUAAUAAACAAGUAACAAUGAAGAGGCUUCGCAAUGAACUUGAAGAAAUAGAGAAAGAAACCGCCCUGAAAUUAAAAGAAAUUGACCAAUCUCAUCCACAGCUUGCAAAUACAAAAUCACUUUAUACCAAUGAAGAACUUGAAAUAAAGAGGCUUUACAAAGUACUACAACAGAAACAAGCCGAGGUUGCUGCUGCAAGAAAAGAAAUUGAAGAAAAUAGUAAACGGAAAGGACUUUCUGAAAUAAGUGAAAGAAAAGCAGCUGAGGAUCAAAGGCGACACCAACAACAGAUGGAAGCUAUUAGGCUAGCACAACAACAAGCAGAGCAGAAAAAACUGGAAGAUCUACGGAAACGACAAGAAGCAGAAAGAAAGGAGCAAGAGAGCAAAACAGUUUCCAAAAAUAUAUUUCAAAGUUCAAAAACAAUACAGGAAAUGCAGCAGCAAGAGUUGCAAGAAAAACUUCAAAAACAACUUUUGAAACAGCAACAACAUGAAGAAGAGACACAGCCACAACCACAGCAAGAUUUCUUUGCUAAUUUUGAUGAUGCUUUCACGCCAGCAGCAGCACAGCCAGAGGCAGCCUCGCCCUUUCAACUAACACAGCCAGAGACGUCCUCACCUUUUCAGUCAGCACUGUCAGAACCUGCUGCACUCUUUCAGUCAACACAACCAGACCCUGCAGCGCCCUCUAUACAGCCACAGGAAAAUCUACAAGUAUCAGAAGAGGGGAAAUCUAUGCCAAAAAUUGAAAUAUUCCGUUAUAAAGCUUUAUACGCUUUUCAAGCUCAAAAUUCUGAUGAAUUAUCCAUUAAUCCUGGAGAUAUUAUCUUAGUUGCCAAAAAUCAAAAUGCAGAACCUGGAUGGUUAGGUGGUGAGUUAAAUGGUAAAACUGGAUGGUUUCCUGAAAACUAUGCUGAGAAGAUAGGAUCAUUUUCCCCUGUAAAUACAGCAGUAGCAGCAGCAGCAGCUGUAGAGACAUCAGCCACAACAACACCAACGUUUUCACAAGAACCAUCUGAAUUAAUUGAUGUCAUGGAUGAGGUAACCCAGCAACAGGAGGAGGUAGCAGUGAUAGGGGAUGAUGAUGUGGUGGUGGUGGAGGAGGAGGUGGCAGAGGAGGAGGGUGAGAUUGAAUCAGGUUCUGAUUCAUCAUUAGAUGAAAUACAAACAAAUGAACCAGAACUUGAACCCCGACUGGAUAGCCUUGAAAAUAAGAAAACGACAGUGACUACAAACAUAGACAAUACUGUAGCUACAUCAUCGGAAUCAUUAACAAUAACUGGUUCGGUAUUUACACAAGUUUUACCAAGUACAGUCAACGCUAUUGCACCAUCACCAACACCAGGGCAGGGUGAAUCUGCACCAGAGGGUUUACAAGCAAAAGCAAUUUAUCCAUGGCGAGCUAAAAAAGACAAUCAUUUAUCGUUUAGUAAAGGUGACAUUAUAGAUAUCAAGGAACAACAAGAUAUGUGGUGGUCUGGUGAAUUGAAUGGACAAGAAGGAUGGUUUCCCAAAUCUUAUGUCAAGUUAAUAUCAGAACAGAAACGAGAAGGAUCCCAGACACCAGUGGAUUUUCUGGAUUCAGCUCCUGUGAGUGUAACACCUACUCCGAUGGCAGCAGAGAAUGUGAAUAACGCAUCCCCUGCAAUUACAAGAAAACAUGACCAAAUUGAUACCACACCUCCAACUGAAACUUCCGUAGCAGUAUAUACAUACACGUCAACAGAACCGGGUGAUUUAAUUUUUAAUGCUGGUGAUGUCAUCACUGUGACUAAAAAAGAUGGUGAUUGGUGGAGUGGAUAUAUCGGUGACAGAUCAGGAAUAUUUCCAGCUAACUAUGUUAAAUUAAUUGAAUCAAGUGAACUCAAUAGUCAGCAACCGGAACCUCAGACAAUGACAGCCCCCAACAAAUUAAAGCCAGCACCACAACCUCAAGCAGUAGCUCAGAAGUUACAACCAGCGCCACAACCUCAAGCAGUACCUCAGAAAUUACAACCAGCGCCUCAGCCGGAUAAACGAAUGGACUUGAAUAUGCAUGAAGAUUCUUUAUCUGGAGCCAGCACAUUAGAGCGAACCAAACCGGAAAUUGCACAAGUAUUGGCAGCUUAUAAGGCCUCUGGUGAAGAGCAAUUAUCGUUAGAACCAGGUCAAGUUAUACAUGUGAGAAAGAAGAAUCCUAGUGGAUGGUGGGAAGGGGAAUUACAGGCACGAGGGAAGAAACGUCAAAUUGGUUGGUUUCCUGCCAAUUUUGUUAAAUUACUUGGUGGUUCAUCAACACCAACUCCAACAGACCAAGCUAAAGUUGCUUUAUCAAAUACUGCUCAGAGUAAUGAAGUGAAUGGUGGAGGGCCAGCUGUAGUAAAUACAGCACCGUCUAACACAAUCUUUCAAGUGAUAGCACAGUAUCCUUACACAGCACAGAAUGAGGAUGAGCUGAACUUGAGUAAAGGUUGUGUCAUAAAUGUAGUAAACAAAGAAGAUAAAGACUGGUGGAAAGGAGAACUCAACGGCACUGUAGGAUUAUUCCCUUCCAAUUAUGUACAACAAUUAACAGAUUCAGAUGAUACUGGAAACAAAUGGUACAAGGACCUGAAAGUGUAUGAGAAUUUGUCACCUUUAGAAAGAAAAAGACAACAACAUAUUCAUGAACUGAUUGACACAGAACAGAGUUAUGUGGAUAAUAUGCAGCUUGUCUUAGAAGUAUUCUACAAACCAAUGGCAGAAGCAGCCAUUGUCACAAAAGAAGAACUUGCUUCAAUAUUUGUCAACUGGAAAGAAAUUAUUAUGUGUAAUAUGAAAUUGUUAAAAGCAUUAAGAGUACGAAAGAAAAUGAGCGGUGAGAGCUGUGUGAUUCGUAAUAUUGGAGACAUUCUUUGUGAACAGCUUCCCCAUAUGACACCAUACAUUAGAUUUUGUAGUUGUCAACUUAGAGCCUCAUCGCUAAUACAAAAGAAGACGGAUAACGGCAACGAAUUUAAAGCCUUCAUGAAAAAAUGUACCGCCAAUCCAAAAACCAAAGGUUUACCAUUCAGUGGGUACCUUAUAAAGCCAAUGCAACGAGUCACUAAGUAUCCACUGCUGAUUGGCAAGAUUUUAGAAAAUACCCCAGUGUAUCACCCUGAUCAUGAUAAUGUGGAAUCAGCGCUAGAGAAAGCUACUGAACUUUGUAAUCAAGUCAAUGAAGGGGUGAGAGAAAAAGAGAAUUCUGACAGAUUGGAAUGGUUACAGUCUCAUGUGCAAUGUGAUGGUUUAGCUGAGGAACUUAUUUUUAACUCGGUGACGAAUUGUUUGGGACAGAGAAAGUUUUUAUUCUCAGGUACUUUAGUGAAAGCCAAAAGCAAUAAAGAAUUAGUUGGAUUUUUAUUUAAUGACUUUCUAUUAUUAACAACACCCACCAAGCAAGGUAUAACAGUAUUUAAUAUGGAUGCCAAGCCAGGUAUUCUCUUUAAAAUGUACAGAAAUCCAUUAUUUCUAAAUGAAAUCAAUGUCAAGGGACCUACUGAUAAAGAAGAAGAUAGUUUAUUUCAUUUGUCUCAUAUUGAUAAAGUUUACAGUUUAAAAACAGACUCUGUCAGUGAAAGAACAAAAUGGCUCAACAAAAUACAAGAAGCAACCACAGUUUUUAUUGAAACAGAAAAAAAGAAACUGGAAAAAGCCCACCUAGCUCGUACUCAGAGAAGUAAAGGAGUUGGAAGGUUAUUUGUGACAAUCUUAGAAGGUGCUGAUCUAAAACCAGUUGACAGAAAUGGUUUAGCUGAUCCAUACUGUGAAGUCAGUAUGGGUGUACAGGAACAUAAAACUAAGAUUAUACCGAAUACAUUAAAUCCAAAGUGGAUGUCAUCUAUGCAAUUUAUUGUACAAAACAUAGAUCAAGAUGUGCUAUGUAUAACAGUCUUUGACCGAGACUUGUUCUCUCCAAACGAUUUUCUUGGUAGAACAGAAAUCCGGUUAUCUGACAUCAAAAAAGAACUGAGUGAUCGUGAUUUACGAGGCCCGUUACAGAAGAAGUUACUAUUACAUGAAGUAGACACGGGUGAUGUGAGCAUCAAGCUGGAUCUCAAAUUAUAUGGUGAAUCAUGACGAUGAAUACUGACAUUGAAAUGCAAUUAAACCAUGGUGACGGGCUGACCUACACUGUCAGUCAUCCAUGUGACAGAAUAUGAAUCAUAUCAGAUUAGUAACAUCAAUGAAGGCAGACAACUUGAAUGACAAUCAUUGUGGCUGUG